UAGCCCCUGCCGAUCCCCCGCCGGCGACACGGCCCACACGCCUCCUCCCCCCGACACCCCGCUCUCCUCCUGGAUUCGCCCUGAGUCACCCCGCCCCCCCCCCUUGGUGCGCCUCCUCACAUCGCCAUGCUACCGAGCCGAGUAGUGAUGUCGGCCAAGCCCCUGUCGCCACUGGCCGCGGCCCGGUUGCAGUUCGCCCGCCAGCAGGCCGCCGCCUCCGGGGGCAGGGCCGCGACUCCGAAGCCGGCCGCCGGCGCCAAUGCGGUCGUCCGACGCCCUGAGCUGGCCAGCCACCCGCGCUCGGCCGAGGUUCGAUCCCUCUACCGGAGCCUGGUUCGCUAUGCGCGCACCAUCGAGCUCAGCGACAAGAACUGGUAUCUGAACAGUGUCCGCAAGGAAGUGCGCAAGUACCAGGGCGAGACCAAGCCCAGCAUCAUUGAUGCCCUGAUCCAGCGCGGGAAUGCCUUCCUCUCCUCGAGAAAGAUCCUCUAGCCCCCUCCCGCUGCUAUCCCUGCCACGCUGGCCCAUCGCGUCUUCCAGCCUCCUGCGCCGCCCAUUUCCUCCGGCGUGUGUGCACCACCAUAGACCCUGCGCGCCCCUGGCCGCUGACAAUACGACAAACAAAGCAACCGAGAA